AUGUUGAGUUUUAGUCAGCAAAUUUCGUUGGUGGUUAAUGUUGUUUGUGCCUCGUGUAAAAGAAAAGACUUACUACAAGAGCAAGCAAGAAAAAGGGUGCAAAAAGGCUUGUGUAGUUGUGAACUUGAAACAGGAAGAGGGUUAAAUCAAGAGACUACACUUGUUCGAGCGGGAGAAACAAGAUGGGGUUCACAUUUUAACACACUCAAAAGUUUGAUGAAGUUGUUUGCGAAUGUUCUUGUAGUUUUAGAUUUUGUGAAAGAGGAGGGAGGGUCAUUGGCAAACCAUCAACAAGCAUCUGAAAUCUUAGCAUAUUUUAAAUCAUAUGAGUUCGUGUUUUACUUACAUAUGAUGUAUGGCAUUUUACACCUCACGGGUACAUUAUUAAAGCAACUUCAAAGAAAAGAUCUAGACAUUUUAGAAGUGGCUUCAAUGGUUAGAAGGACAAUGAAUACAUUGCAAUCUUUUAGAAACAUAGGGUUCGCUAACAUUUUAAAAAAAGUAUCCUCUUUUUGUCAAACACACGAAAUUGAUACUUUAGAUAUGGAAGAGUUGUAUAUUGGUGAGAGAAACCGUAUGACUACAAAGACUAAUAGGUUUCAUUUUGAGGUUGAAAUCUUCAACACGGUGGUAGAUAUGCAACUUACAGAAUAUCGGGAUCGAUUUAGUGAAACAAGCACCCAAUUACUAGAAUACAUGGGUGCUUUGAGCCCUUGUGAUUCAUUUGCACAAUUUGACAAAUCAAAGUUAUUGAAGUUGGGUAAGUUAUACAAGUAUGACUUUGAUGAUUCAAAUAUGAUAGAUCUUGAAGGACACCUUGAGAUAUUUUAUCACUCUUGCAUCAAAGAUGAGCGCUUCACUAGUUUGAAAGGAAUUUCCGACCUUUCUCGUUUGAUGGUUAGUACGGGGAAGCAUCGGUCUUAUCCUUUGGUUUAUAAGCUUUUAAAGUUGGCUUUGACAUUACCCAUAGUGACCGCAAGUGUAGAAAGAUGUUUUUCAAAGAUGAAGCUCUUGAAGACCGAUUUGCGUAACAAAAUUGGCGAUGAAUUUUUGAACGACGCAUUGCUUUGUAUUGUCAAGACCGAAGCACUUGCGAAAGUUGAGAAUGAAAAAGUAAUGGAGCGAUUUCAAAAGAUGUUUGCACGAAGAGGAAAAUUUUGA